UCAAGAAGUCUAGGAAGAAAGAAAAGCACAGGAGAUUGAGUCUUUCCUAUUGUAAAGGUCAAGUUAAAGGUCUAGAUGUUGGAUAUGGGAACUCAGCGCCCUACUGCGGCCAAAUUGGAUGUUCCUGAUCAUGUUCUUUACACAGUUGGAACCUGUAUUCUUGUAAUCGGAUCCAUUGGAAUUAUAGGCAACCUCUUAGUUAUUUAUGCAUUUUACAGCAACAAGAAGUUGAGGACACCACAAAACUACUUCAUAAUGAAUUUGGCUACAAGUGACUUCCUGAUGGCUGCUUCUCAGGCUCCCGUUUCCUUUAUCAACAGCUUGCACAAAGAAUGGAUACUUGGAGACAUAGGUUGUGAGCUGUAUGCUUUUUGUGGAGCACUCUUUGGAAUCACUUCAAUGAUGACUUUAGUAGCUAUUUCUGUUGAUCGCUACCUUGUGAUCACUAAACCACUGCAAUCCAUACGAUGGACUUCAAAGAGACGCACGGCACAGAUCAUUGUUCUUGUCUGGCUUUACUCACUGGGAUGGAGCAUGGCUCCACUAUUUGGGUGGAGUUCUUAUGUGCCUGAGGGUUUGAUGAUAUCCUGUACCUGGGACUACAUAACCACUACCCCAGCAAACAGAACCUAUACCAUGAUGCUGUGUUGCUGUGUAUUUUUCAUUCCUCUGCUUAUAAUAUUCCAUUGCUAUUUAUCCAUGUUUAUGGCUAUAAGAAAUACUGGCAGACAUGUUCAGAAGCUAGGGUCCUACAGCCGGAAGUCAUACCUCUCACAUUCCAUGAAGAAUGAAUGGAAAUUGGCAAAAAUUGCUUUUGUGGUCAUUAUUGUGUUUGUUGUGUCCUGGUCUCCAUAUGCUUGUGUCACUUUGAUUGGAUGGGCAGGCCAGGGUGACAUCCUAACACCAUAUUCUAAAUCUGUGCCAGCUAUUAUUGCCAAAGCUUCUACAAUCUACAACCCGAUCAUCUAUGCAAUAAUUCACCCAAAAUACAGAAAUACUAUUCGCAGUGCUGUUCCAUGCUUACGAUUUCUAAUACGGAUAUCAAAGAGUGAUCUUCUGUCAGGUUCCAUAAAUGAAUCCUCAUUCAGGACCUCUCUAUCCAGUCAUCAAUCCUUUUCUUCCAAGAAGAAGGCUAGUUGUCUUUCAUCAAUAUCUGCUGGAGAAUUAGCUUGGAGAGAUGUGGAGCUUGAACCAGUGGAGCUAGUUCAUAACAAACUGCCAGCUCAUAGAAGUAACUCUGUUUCUACAAGUCUGAGAGAAGAAGAGAGGAGGGACCUGCUGUUGAAGGCCUGUAGCUGCAAUGCUGUAACUGAAGAAAAGGUUUCACUCUCCUCCAGCUGCUUAGAAAAACUGCAUGAGAAGUCAGUUCUACCUAAUCCCCCCAGAGUUUUCGUUCCCAAUUCCUUAAAAACAGCUUCUUUCCCUGGUGGCUUGAAUAGUAGCAGCAGAGAAGGCUUGGCUACUUCACGCAUGGAAACUCAAAGAAAUAAAAAAAAUGGUAGUCUGGACUCCAUCAUUAGUGCUACCCUCCCACGCAUCAUUAUCAUACCUACCUCAGAGACCAACCUAUUUGAAGGACAAGCAAAGCAUGAAAAUGAAAAGGAAGAAGAGACUGAAUUAUUCAACAUUCAUGGCAAGAAUAAUAAUUUGUUGGACAUAGAAGGGCUUGGCUCUUCCACAGAUUUUCUGGAAGCAGUUGAAAAGUUUCUGUCAUAAGUAUAGAAAAAGGAAAUGAUGUGUUAAUUAUUUCCUUGGCUACUUCACCGUAUUUAUUAUACCAAAUAACUAAAGUCUCAUAGAUUAAAUCAUCAGACUUCUGUAUUUACAUGGUAAUGGUCACUAGACAGUCUUUGAAUCCACCUUUUAUUCAGAUCACAUCAGGAACAGAAACAGCCUUUUUAGCAUGUGCUGCAAGAAAUGAGCAAGGGAGUAUCUGGUAGCAAAGCAGACUGGGAUAGUUUAAAUCAGCCUUCAGUUUUCUGAAGCCUGCUGAUUAGAUUUCAAUACAGGUGGAUGGACAGCAGGAAAAAAAUGCCUAGUGCCCAAUGCAUACAUACUUCUGUGUAAGUAGCCAGGAUGGGAUUUCAUGU